GAAAGCUCGUUCACCACAGAGCCUUUUUCCCCAAUUUAAAUAAGAACUUGCUGCACACUUUUUGUCGGUAAUUUCUUCUUCUCUUGAUUUUCCAGUAAGCUGCAAACAAUCUUAAAAUUCGAACCGAAAUAUUAGCACUGUGUGAAAAUGAGCACUGUUGUGGAUGUGGUGAGCCAGCUUCUCUUUCCAGAAUCCAAUGAGAGGCUAGUGUAUCCGUCCAGAUCAAAUGAGAGCAGUGAGAACCGGGGUAGCAUUCCAAUGGACAUUCUUGAUACCCAAAAAGGGUAUAUUUUCUACAUGGAUGUUCCUGGUUUAUCCAAAUCUGACAUUCAGGUGACGGUGGAAGAUGAGAACACACUCGUGAUACGAAGCAACGGGAAGAGAAAGCACGAUGAGAGUGAAGAGGGGUGCAAGUACGUGAGGUUGGAGAGGAAGCCACCCCUCAAACUGAUGAGGAAGUUCAAGCUGCCCAACAACUGCAAUGUUUCUGCUAUUACUGCUAAAUGUGAGAAUGGGGUGUUAACAGUAGUAGUUGAAAAGCUGCCUCCACCUUCUAAGUCUAAGACUGUGGAAGUUGCAAUUUCAUGAAUUAAGUUAUUAUCAGUCUACAUGGGUGUAUCUUAGUUCAGCUUUAUCAAAUGUAUCUUUCUAGUACCAUCUCUUUUUUGCAUUUUCCUUAGGUUUGGAUACCUUGAUGUAAAGUUACUCGUCCUGCUAUAUUAGAAAAUGAAGAGAUGGUAUGUCAUUGGCUGA